AUGUCGGCCCCAGUCACCGUCCCUUCUUCGGGCUCGCCCAAGUACGUCCCGGUCCACAGGCGCAGUCCUUCAUCCACCUCCUCCUCGCCGUCCUCGCACGGCGACUUCCACUCGCGAUGGUCACAUGCCAAGCCUCAGAACGCGCACACCACGCACAUCUCUCCUCACGGGUCGGUCGCACGACGACCAUCCUUCGUGUACGAUAUCAGCGACCUGCUCGCGCUUUCCUCUUCGUCUCUCGUGGGACUCGAGCCCGCCAAGGAGAAGCCCGUCGAAGAACUCCUAGCAUUCACCGCCACCCCUGGCGGUGCGCGAGACAAGACCCCUCGCCGCCGCCGCGCGGGUCGGCGCACUAACACCGCGAACAAGAUCGCUGCGCAUGUCAGCACAGAUGUCGAGAGCCGCCGCAGCCGCCACGGCCACAGCAGCUGGGGCUGGCAAGUGCAUAUAGUUGGCAUGGAGGAGAGCUGGAGGCAUGCGCCGAUGACGGAGAUUCAUGCGUAG